UAACAAGGCAGAAUGAGUUUGACACCGAAAGAGAGUGAUAAUGCUUCAGAAAACAGUGGGCAGUAGUAUCAAAUCAAGUAGCUCGUGCUUAUCCUCCUUACUACUAUUUCGACGAAAUUCUCACUCGCGUAACGGCCAAGUCGUAGAGAAGAAGAAGCAACACGAUGGGUUGUUUCUUCAAAAGAGCAAAGGCCAACACCUUCUUACCAACACCAGAAUCCUCGACGCCAUCGUCCGAAGCUCAGAUGUCAGGCCCACCGACACUGUCUUGGAGAUCGGUCCCGGUACUGGAAAUCUCACCAUGAAACUUCUAGAAGCCGCCCAGCACGUCAUAGCCGUGGAGCUAGAUAAGCGUAUGGUUGAGAUUCUCCGCGCAAGGGUCUCUGACCAUGCUCUUCAACAUAAACUUACGAUUAUUCAGAAAGAUGUCCUCAAGACGGACUUCCCUGAGUUUGAUCUCGUGGUUGCUAAUAUCCCAUACAACAUAUCUUCCCCUCUGGUGGCGAAGCUUGUCUACGGCUCCAACACCUUCCGCACCGCCACGCUCUUGCUUCAGAAGGAAUUCUCCCGCCGCCUCUUGGCUAACCCUGGCGACUCUGAUUUCAACAGACUGGCUGUGAACGUGAAGCUUCUGGCUGAUGUCAAAUUCGUUAUGGAUGUCAGCAAAAGAGAGUUUGUUCCACCCCCUAAAGUUGAUUCCUCCGUUGUCAUGAUCACGCCCAAGGAGGUGAAACCUGAUGUUGAUGUUCGAGAAUGGCUGGCCUUCACUCGCACCUGUUUUGGGAAGAAGAAUAAGACGCUUGGUUCCAUGUUUAGGCAGAAGAAGAAGGUCAUGGAGCUGCUGAGUUUGUCCGAAGCUGGAAUUGCUACGAAUGCAAGUGAUGUUGUUGAAGAACAAGGGGAUAACCGUCUCUUGUGUUUGGAUACAGAUGCAAGUGUAUUCAAGGAAAGGGUGAUUGGAAUUCUGAAAUCGAAUGGGUUCGAAGACAAGAGACCGUCGAAGCUCUCUCAUGGUCAGUUAUUGCGUUUGCUUUCUUUGUUUAACCAAGCUGCCAUAUUUUUCCAUUCCUUACCAAUGGAUCUACACGAUUAUUGAUGCCCAGAUUUUGUUUUAACUAUUUAAAACAACAGCUGCUCUGCCUUUAAUCGAACCUAUUAAUUCUACAAGUUUUUAUUUAUGUAAUUGUAAAUCAAAAAGAAUGACACUGUCUUGUCUUCCUUGAGUUAAACCAAAUAAAAAGAUUAAAGAUGAUGA